AAUCCGAGGAGGGCGCGGGUACUUUUGAAUGUUCUUGGGUCCAAUAGUUGGUGGCCUGGCUGUAUAAAAGAAGGGCGGCUGAGUGCUUUCUACUGGCAUUUGGGAGAACAUUCAUUGUGAGGCUUUGUCAUGGCUCGUACUAAGCAGACCGCUCGCAAGUCCACUGGCGGCAAAGCCCCGCGCAAACAGCUGGCCACCAAGGCGGCCCGGAAGAGCGCACCGGCCACGGGCGGCGUGAAGAAGCCGCACCGCUACCGGCCCGGCACGGUGGCGCUGCGCGAGAUCCGCCGCUACCAGAAGUCCACGGAGCUGCUGAUCCGCAAGCUGCCGUUCCAGCGGCUGGUGCGCGAGAUCGCGCAGGACUUCAAGACCGACCUGCGCUUCCAGAGCUCGGCCGUGAUGGCGCUGCAGGAGGCGUGCGAGGCCUACCUGGUGGGGCUCUUCGAGGACACCAACCUGUGUGCUAUCCACGCCAAGCGAGUCACUAUCAUGCCCAAGGACAUCCAGCUUGCGCGCCGCAUCCGCGGGGAGAGGGCAUAAACUUGUUUUUCCGUUAAAGUGCCAAUCUUAAACCCAAAGGCUCUUUUCAGAGCCACCUACAGCUUCAUUUUGAAGAGCUGUACCGUAAGGAAGUAAAAUUCUCCCCUCAACUAGGGUGAGUUAGGGUAGAAUUCUUCCCGUCCCACCCCCUUCCCCCACAGCCAAACAUUUCUGGAGUUGUGUGAAGCGAGGGUCUAACCAUACUUCCUUAACAGGUAGCCAUCCAGGCAUAGUUUAUCAAACCUUAUUUAUGACCCUGCUUGUAAAUAGUCCAUUUGAUUGCAUUGCUUUAUCUCACAUUGCUUUUGUCUCUUCUAGGGCUAUGUACCAUGGUAUGCUAUGCUGUACAAUUUUUUCACAUUUCUUUGCUGUAGUUAUUACUCAAAUAUAGGACUUUAGCCAUUUGACUCUGAUCUUGCUUUUACGUUUUUUCGGUUUGGGGAUUCAGUACUGGGUGAAAAGUGACACAUGGGAUAGUGACCAAAUGUGAGAAGGAAAUAACCUUUUAAUUGUGUAGCUUUUACACUAUAUUUUACAAACUAUAAAACAAUAGAGAAUGCUAAAAACAUGACAGCCACCAAUUCUGAAGGCUUUGCUUCAGUUUUUUCCAUACCUUAUUCCUAGUAGUCUAUGCCUAGCUCUGAGAUGAGAAUUGAUUCACCUUGCUAAAAUGAUUUGCCCAACUCCCACCUACAACAAAACCCACAAAAUACACAGAAGAGUAAUGUGUGU